ACUUGCAGAACAAGGUGGAAGAGAGAGAACGAGAAAAACAGAGAGAUUUUGCACCCAAAUCGAUGAAAGACCCCUCCGUAAGGAACAAGGUGGUGAUUCGGCACCUGCCACCGUCUCUCACUCAGCCCGAUCUUUUCAUUCCGAUUGACGAGAAAUUCUCCGGCCGAUACAACUGGUUUUCUUUCCGUCCCGGCAAAAACAGCCAAAAGCAUCAGAGAUAUUCUCGAGCCUACAUAGAUUUCAAGAAGCCUGGAGAUGUUUUCGAGUUUGCCGAGUAUUUUGAUGGACACGUGUUUGUUAAUGAGAAGGGUGCUCAGUAUAAGAUUGUAGUUGAAUAUGCUCCUUCACAGCGUGUUUCAAAACCAUCUAGUAAGAAGGACAGUCGUGAAGGAACCAUAUAUAAAGAUCCUGAUUACUUAGAGUUCCUCAAAGCCAUUGCAAAGCCAGCUGAGCAUCUUCCUAGUGCAGAAAUACAGUUGGAAAGAAGAGAAGCAGAACAAGCUGGCUCUGCAAAGGAAACUCCCGUUGUUACCCCACUUAUGGAAUAUGUUCGUCAGAAACGAGCUGCCGAGAGUGGAGCCCAGGGUUCAUCAGUUGUUGGGAAGAUUAGGAGAAGAUCUAGGGUUGCAACCUCAGGCAAACCUGUCUCAUCUACUACCAAACGAGGCUCUGAAAAGAAGUAUAUACUGAAGGAAGGUGCAAAAAUUACUCCUAAAAAAGACAAGUCAACUUUCACUGUAGUAGCCAGGCGAGAGGAUCAACCGCUUACUUCUAGUGGGAAGAAAAUGUCUGAAAAUGUAACAGAUUCUGGAAAGAAGAUUCUGCUUCUAAAAGGAAAAGAACGAGGAGUAAGUCGAGGUGUGACAUCAGUUGCUGGAAAUUCUUCUGCUUCAACUGCUCCAAAAGAGAAUCAGCAUCGUGAGGGUGGUGAGAGGAUGAUCAAAAGCAUACUUUUAAAUAAUGAAUCUCGUCAAAGUCAAUCUUCAACAGCAGUCCAGCCUCAGCAGAAAUUUCAGAUCUUGAGCUCAGGAAGUGGCAAGCGACCACCACGAGCCAUCGGUGCACGCUUGGGAUCUAAUGGUCUUGUCUCUCAAGGUGAACCGAACUCAUUUGGUUCUGAAGGGGAUACAAAACGGACUCGAGAAGAUAAAUUUACAAAAAAGAUCAUGCAAGGUUUGGGUACUGUCAGUGAGAAGCAAGAAAAACGCACAAGAAACAGGGAUAGACCUGAUCGUGGUGUUUGGACUCCUCUCCAUCGAUCUGAUGUAUCACAUGCUAGUGAUGAUCACUUGUCAUCCCCUGUUUCACAGCCCACUCAAUCACUGGCUGAUUCAGUUGAAGCUUCUUAUGGAGAAAUGAAAGAUGUGCCCUAUGGAAGCAAGACUGCAGAGGUUACAGCCCCCACAAGUGGACGUUCUCAUAGGCGUGUUGAUCGCCGUGGAGCUGUCCAUGUAAUGAAGGAUGAUGGCUCUCUAAAUUCGAGUGAGGGGAAAUCUUCCAGGAGAGGAAGUGUUAGUGGCCAUGGUGCUCUUGAGAAGCAAGUGUGGGUCCAGAAGUCAUCUUCAGGUCCUUAGAUUAUCAAAUUUUGUUAUGGCAUUCAGUAAGUGCACUAAUUCAUCAUUGUCCAAGGAUUAUAUGUUGCUACAGGCUGAGGCCUCUAUUGAAGACAUCGUGCGGUCAGGACAAGCCCAGAAUGAUGAUUUUAUGAUUGUACCAAUUGUAGGACCAACUAUGCCUGUGGAAGUUGUGGUACAGUGAUCUGAUUUGCACCCAACAAGGAGAUGCAGCUUGCUUAUUCUGAUGAAUGGCGACCUAACAUAUCUGAUGACAAGAUACCCAAGUUGGAGAGAGGAUUUGCUUUCUUCAUUACGUCACUUUUCAGGUUAGGCCAUUUGUAAUUUUCAUUGUUCUGAAUCAUAUCUUGAGAGGAAAGUGGUUUUGUUUCGAUGAAGGCAGAAAAUGCAUGGUCAUUUUGACCCGGAUGGCCUGUCAGAUCUGUUUCACCUUCAUGUAACGUAUGAUGAUUUGGUACCCAAAGAAUUUGGAGUGAUUGUGCAAAAUGGUGUUGUAUCGACUCAUUUUAUGUCCGGAAAAAACCGUGUAUGUUCUCGUGUAAUGUAUGGGAUGAUUUAUCGUC